CGAAAAUUAAAAUGAAGCUUUCCCAAAUGAAUAUCAUUGGCGAACAGGACUCUCAAAUAUCGAACAAGAGAGACAGCAGCCCCUCUUUCAGAUCCAACAGAAAAGAUGGAAUCCAGGAGAUAUAACUUCCAGAGAGCAAUUGAGAAAUGCCCAAAUAGAUUGAGCUGUUAAAAAGGGUAAAUCAUUUCUCAGGAAAAUCGUCGAGAUUCCUUACCAGUUUUAUGAAACUGAUCGAAGAUUCUCAGAGUUAGAAGCCCAAAUCCCAAAAAAAGAGAUAGACCAGUUGAAUAAGUCCGCAGUAGAGUCUCUCAAGAAGUCAGCAGUUCUGCUAGCAUUCCUCAAUAUACUACUACACAUAAUCAAGGCAUUCAAAUCUUCAAGGGCACAGCAAGAUCAUGAGCAUGUCGUUGGCAACUUCGUAUUUUUGGUACUUUCAUGAGUCCCAAUAUAUUUCAUAUCCAAACAUCCUUCUUAUGUUCAGACCUAUCUUGGCUUCAUCAACUGUACUGCAUUUGGACUGGCUCAUUUUGUUUACGUAUCAGACUACGUAGGCCACCAGAAUUGAUAUCUUUCGUGCACUUAUUGAUAUUUUUAUUUCACAACUGCGUUGUCUCCGUCCAAAAAGCGAUUGAACUCACUUGUGUUUACUCUAACAAAUGUUCUCAACUUGUAUUUAACUUGGAAAAAGAUUGGAGAACUUGACAAUGAUAUCUUGCUAUCAGUAGCUACCUCAAUUCUUUAUUACAGUUUCGGAGCUCAUAUUGAGCAGUCAAGGUUAGCUGAUAUGUAUUCGAUCAUCUUGAAGAACAAUAAGUUGGUCAAAGAGAAAGCAAAAUUGAUGCAAGAAUUUCCUCACCCAGUACUUAUAUUGCCUCAAAGAAUCUCUGAUGAGUCUAAGUGAUACCCAAACAACCAGUUCGAAGCUUCAAUUAAGACUCUGAACCGCAAGAUCCAGAGGCUCGAAAAAGUCAAAGUGAUUUUGAAGAAAGAUAAGGCCACAAAGAGUCAAAAUGAGCACUGAAAUCUUCUACAGUUUCUCACUGAGAGUUCCCAAGGAUAUAAAGCAAAUGGCCUUAACUUUAGAAAACAUGCAAUUAUUGAUUGAGACAAGUCUGCUGACAAACCUCACAAUAACUUUAUAGUAUCCCAGUCAAACGCUCAAAUAUGCUGGAUGAAAUUUUCGAUGAAGAGAACCACUUCAGGAGAAACUUCGAAAUUAAAUCUCUCAGAAUGGAGUGGAAAGGCAAACCUUCUGUCAUGCAUGUCUUCAUCGACACAACUGAUAUCAUCAACCUCGAAAAAGCCAAGAACCGAAUCAAGAUGCAGAGAGUGAUGUUUGCUAGUGCAAGUCAUGAGUUCAGAACUCCUCUCAAUGCAAUCAUCAACUCGUAUAACAUUAUUAAGGCAAGCUUUGAAGAGCACAUUAAGACUCUCCAUGACAAAGUUCCAAGAGAUAUGCUUGAAAGCAGAGAAGUCUACACCCACAUCGACAACAUCUUGAGGUUUAUCAAGACAGGCAGCAUUUCUUCUGUGCUCAUGAUGGCACUUGUCGAAGACAUCCUGAGCUUGUCGAGGAUCGACAACGGGACUUUUUACCACCAACUAUUCAUACUUCAACGUGCAUGCUUUACUGCUUGAAAUCUGCACCCUGUUCGAGACCCAAUGUCAGAGCAGAGAUGUGGCUCUGCUCAUCGAGUGUGACGACCAAAUGCAGUUCUGUGAAGUCAACACAGACAGAAACAGAGUUCGCCAAGUGUUGUUGAACUUGGUCUCGAACUCGGUCAAACUCACAUUCAAAGGCUCAAUCACUCUCAAAGCUAAGAUGGUCAAAGACUUCGGAGGUCAGAGCUUUGUGGAGUUCAGAGUUCAUGAUACUGGGCCAGGCAUCAAGCAAGAAGAUCAGGCAUGACUUUUCAAACUCUUUGGUGUGCUUGAAGACAAUGAGGGUCUGAAUCCUGACGGGUGUGGCCUUGGAUUGACAAUCAGUAAGAAAUAUGUGGAAAUACUAGGAGGUGAAAUCAGAGUGGAGUCUGUGUACGGAGAAAGUACUGAAAUGAUUUUUACUAUACUAAUCAGAGACAUCAAAAAUUUAGACCAUAACAACAGAAGAGUUAUUUAUAAUCCCAAUCAAUCUGCUGAGAACUGGAUUCACAGAAUUGAUAGUAUUGACUUCAGAGUAAGCGAAGAACACCUACCAGAGAAGUCUACAAUAAACGAAUGUAAACUCUUCGCAAACAAUGAAUCUAAGUUCUAAUCUACAUUUAUCAAAC